AAAAUUAAGUCAAUAGAGGAGUUUAAUGGCAUAUUAGAUGCAGUUGAAGAGAGAAUUAGUGACUGGAUGAUAGGUCAGAAGAAAAUUCAGACUGAAGCAUGAAGAGACAAAAAGGAUGAAAAAUACAGAAAAGAGCAUGUGAGAGAGUAUUUGCAAAGAUGACCAUGAUAACUCCUCCUGUCCCUAUAUACACACCUUUUUAUAGUAUGAUUUUGCCUUCUUCCCAUCAAGAAAUAGAGUCUUUUUUUCCCAUCCUUUGAAUUUUGGUUGGCCUUGUGACUUGGGUUGACCAAUAGAAUGUGGUAGAAAUGGUGUACAAGUUCCAAAGCCUAAACUGCAAGUGGUGUUGUAGUUUCUGCCCUUGCCCUUUUGGAAUGAGCCUUAGACUUGCCUUGUGAAAAGCCCAGUUUAGCCUUCUGGGAAAGAGAGGCCACACAAAGCAGAGAUGAGUUAUCCCAACUGAGGCUUCCUAGACCUGACAGUCACCAGCACCUUUGAGGCAUGGAAGUGAGGCCACGUUAGACCAUCCAACCCCAGUCAAGUUGCCAGAUGACUAACUACAUGAGUGGCUCCAAGCCAAGAUCAGCAGAAAAACUGCCCAACUGAGCCCAGCUCAAAUUGCUGUGAGCAAAUAAAAAAAAAAAGGUCAGCGUCCUAAGUCACUAAAUUUUUGGUGGUUUGUUAGGCAUCAAUGGAUAACUGACCCAGAAAUUGAUACCUAAAGGUGUAAUACUGCCCUUCCAAAAAAGUAAAAUAUGUGGCAUUGGCUUUGAGACUGGCUAAUAGGUGGAGGCUGGAAAAAUGGUAAGGAGGUUGUUAAUGAAGGCUGGAAGAAUGGUGAACAAACUUUUAGUACAGGAUGGAAAGGCAGUGAGGGAAAAGGUAACCCAUGUUCUGUAAUGAUGGAACAAUUACCUGAGGUAACUUGGAAGGUAGAGACUGUAUUUAGUGAACUUGUAGACCUAGUUAAGGAGAUCUUUUUAUUUUAUUAUUAUUAUUAUUUUUGUGGUAUGCGGACCUCCCUCUGCCGUGGCCUCUCCCGUUGCGGAGCACAGGCUCCGGACGCGCAGGCUCAGCGGCCAUGGCCCACGGGCCCAGCCGCUCCACGGCAUGUGGGACCCUCCCAGACCGGGGCACGAACCCGGUUCCCCUGCAUCGGCAGGCGGACGCGCAACCACUGCGCCACCAGGGAAGCCCCUAAGGAGAUCUUUUUAGAUAAAGUGUUAACAGUAUCUGUUGAACGCUUUUGGUGCUUUUGCUAAGGAACUAUAAAGAGGGAUGAACUAAAGAAGGUGUUUCAAACUUGUUGCGUUUGAAAAUAGAACUGUUUCUCAUUCCCAAUCUCUUCAGCUGGCAAAAGAUUUUCAAAGUAAAAAAUGACUUCAGAGUAAAGACCAAAUCAAGUUGCCUGGGAGAUCCUUUAAGACCUCAGAAAUAUUUAAGACAGUACCUGGUAGAUUACUCUCUCAGCUAGAAAAAAAGGGCUUCUAUGAAUUUUAAAGAUGUUGUCCCACAGCAGCCUGACAAGCCCGAGGUACAGAGAGGUCUGUGCAGAAAAGUUAUGGAUAUGUUUUUGGCGCAAGUAGUGAAUUUCCAAUAUGAUUCAUAGGAAAACCACAAAGUUUUUGAGAGACUUCUGUUGAUAAAUGUACCAAAGGGACUAAAGGGACAGAGACAGUUCAGACUUCAAAGAGGCCUCUGGGACUUCGAUUUUCUAUGAAUAGGAAGCAGAAUGAAAAAGUUGUUCAGCUGUAAACAUUAGUAAUUUCUAAUAAUAAAGAGAUUUUUCAGAUUGUGGAGCCAGGAGUCCAGAGGGCAGCUAAGAGCAGAGGGGAGCCAUGGAUUAGGAAACCACUCACAGGGAGCAGAACAAGACCAUAGUAAAAAACAAAGCAAACAACAAAAAAAAUUCCGUGCCCCUGGAGUAAGGGAACCUCACAACAUCUGCCCGUCUGGAUUUCAGAAUUGUUGUGGACCAGUGACUGCUACGUACCUCCUGUCCUUUCUUCUUUGAAUAGGAGUAUCUUUUACAGUUAUUCUCUCCCCAUCUCAUCAUUAAAUGUUGGGGGUGUUGGGGACAGAUAACUUGUCUUUUUAGUUCCCAGAUCUUUGGAUCGAGAGCACCUGAGGAGCUGCACCCAAGGAGUCUCUUUUGCUUGUGGACAUGACUUAUGAGAAAAUGGACCUCAAGCCUGAUGCCAUGAUUGGAUGACUUUGGGGGUCUUGGGAGGGGGUUCAAGCUGAAGUCCCUGGAUCUCCUAUCUUUGUGAUGAGACUAGCCAAACAAUCUCGUCAUCUGGAGGUGCAGAUCUUAGCAGAUCAGUAUGGCAACGCUAUCUCUUUGUUUGGUCGUGAUUGCUCUGUACAGCGCAGGCAUCAGAAGAUUAUUGAAGAGGCACCUGCUGCUAUUGCUACUCCAGCAGUAUUUGAGCAUAUGGAACAGUGUGCCGUGAAACUUGCCAAAAUGGUUGGUUAUGUGAGUGCUGGGACUGUGGAAUACCUCUACAGCCAGGAUGGCAGCUUCUACUUUCUGGAACUGAACCCUCGGCUACAGGUGGAGCACCCUUGUACAGAGAUGGUGGCCGAUGUCAACCUCCCUGCGGCACAGCUCCAGAUUGCCAUGGGGAUCCCUUUGUACAGAAUCAAGGAUAUCCGUAUGAUGUAUGGGGUAUCUCCCUGGGGUGAUGCUCCCAUUGAUUUUGAAAAUUCUGCUCAUGUUCCUUGUCCAAGGGGCCAUGUUAUUGCUGCUCGGAUCACUAGUGAAAAUCCAGAUGAGGGUUUUAAGCCCAGCUCAGGAACAGUUCAGGAACUGAAUUUCCGCAGCAAUAAGAACGUUUGGGGCUAUUUCAGUGUUGCUGCUGCAGGGGGACUUCAUGAAUUUGCUGAUUCUCAGUUCGGUCACUGCUUUUCCUGGGGAGAAAACCGAGAGGAAGCAAUUUCAAACAUGGUGGUGGCUUUGAAGGAACUAUCUAUCCGGGGCGACUUUCGAACUACAGUCGAAUACCUGAUCAAAUUGUUGGAGACUGAAAGCUUUCAGAUGAAUAGAAUUGACACUGGCUGGCUGGACAGACUGAUAGCAGAAAAAGUACAGGCAGAGCGACCUGACACCAUGUUGGGAGUCGUGUGUGGGGCUCUCCACGUGGCAGAUGUGAGCCUGCGGAAUAGCAUCUCCAACUUCCUUCACUCCUUAGAGAGGGGUCAAGUCCUUUCUGCUCAUACACUUCUGAAUACAGUAGAUGUUGAACUUAUCUAUGAGGGAGUCAAGUAUGUACUGAAGGUGACUCGACAGUCCCCAAACUCCUACGUGGUGAUCAUGAAUGGCUCGUGUGUGGAAGUAGAUGUGCAUCGGCUGAGUGAUGGAGGACUGCUCUUGUCCUAUGAUGGCAGCAGUUAUACCACGUACAUGAAGGAGGAGGUGGAUAGGUAUCGCAUCACGAUUGGCAACAAAACCUGUGUGUUUGAGAAGGAAAAUGACCCUUCGGUGAUGCGCUCACCUUCUGCUGGGAAGUUAAUCCAGUACAUUGUGGAGGAUGGAGGCCAUGUGUUCGCUGGCCAGUGCUAUGCUGAGAUCGAGGUCAUGAAGAUGGUAAUGACCUUAACAGCUGCAGAGUCUGGCUGUAUCCAUUAUGUCAAGCGGCCGGGAGCAGCUCUUGACCCGGGCUGUGUAAUAGCCAAAAUGCAGCUGGACAACCCCAGCAAGGUCCAGCAGGCUGAGCUUCACACAGGCAGUCUGCCACGGAUCCAGAGCACAGCACUCAGAGGCGAGAAGCUCCAUCGAGUAUUCCACUAUGUCCUGGAUAAUUUGGUCAAUGUGAUGAAUGGAUACUGCCUUCCAGAUCCUUUCUUUAGCAGCAGGGUAAAAGACUGGGUUGAACGGUUGAUGAAGACCCUCAGAGAUCCCUCCUUGCCUCUCCUAGAACUGCAAGAUAUCAUGACCAGUGUCUCUGGUCGUAUACCCCCCAACGUGGAGAAGUCUAUCAAGAAGGAAAUGGCUCAGUAUGCUAGCAACAUCACAUCAGUCCUCUGUCAGUUUCCCAGCCAGCAGAUUGCCAACAUCCUAGAUAGCCACGCAGCUACAUUGAACCGGAAAUCUGAACGGGAAGUCUUCUUCAUGAACACUCAGAGCAUUGUCCAGCUGGUGCAGAGGUACCGCAGUGGUAUCCGAGGCCACAUGAAGGCUGUGGUGAUGGACCUGCUGCGGCAGUACCUGCGAGUAGAGACGCAAUUCCAGAAUGGUCACUAUGACAAAUGCGUGUUCGCCCUGCGGGAGGAGAACAAGAGUGACAUGAACACUGUACUGAACUACAUCUUCUCUCACGCUCAAGUCACCAAGAAGAAUCUUCUGGUCACAAUGCUUAUUGAUCAGUUGUGUGGCCGGGACCCCACUCUCACUGACGAGCUGCUGAAUAUCCUCACGGAGCUAACUCAACUCAGUAAGACCACCAACGCUAAGGUGGCGCUCCGAGCACGCCAGGUUCUUAUUGCCUCCCAUUUGCCAUCAUAUGAGCUUCGCCAUAACCAAGUAGAGUCUAUCUUCCUAUCAGCUAUUGACAUGUACGGACAUCAGUUUUGCAUUGAGAACCUGCAGAAACUCAUCUUGUCUGAAACGUCAAUUUUUGAUGUCCUACCAAACUUCUUCUAUCACAGCAACCAGGUCGUGAGGAUGGCAGCUCUGGAGGUGUAUGUUCGAAGGGCUUAUAUUGCCUAUGAACUUAACAGUGUACAACACCGCCAGCUUAAGGACAACACCUGCGUGGUGGAAUUCCAGUUCAUGCUGCCCACAUCUCAUCCAAACAGAGGGAACAUCCCCACGCUAAACAGAAUGUCCUUCUCCUCCAACCUCAACCACUAUGGCAUGACUCAUGUAGCUAGUGUCAGCGAUGUGCUGCUGGACAACUCAUUCACUCCACCGUGUCAGCGGAUGGGCGGAAUGGUCUCUUUUCGGACUUUUGAAGAUUUUGUCAGGAUCUUUGAUGAAGUGAUGGGCUGCUUCUGUGAUUCCCCACCCCAAAGCCCCACGUUCCCUGAGGCAGGUCACACAUCUCUAUAUGAUGAAGACAAGAUCCCCAGGGAUGAACCAAUUCACAUUCUGAAUGUGGCUAUCAAAACUGACUGUGAUAUCGAGGAUGACAGGCUAGCAGCUAUGUUCCGAGAGUUUACCCAGCAAAAUAAAGCUACCCUGGUUGAGCAUGGGAUCCGGCGCCUUACUUUCCUGGUUGCACAAAAGGAUUUCAGAAAACAGGUCAACUAUGAGGUGGAUCAGAGAUUUCAUAGAGAAUUCCCUAAGUUUUUCACAUUCCGAGCAAGGGAUAAGUUUGAGGAAGAUCGUAUCUACCGUCACCUGGAGCCUGCCCUAGCUUUCCAGUUAGAGCUGAACCGGAUGAGAAAUUUUGACCUUACUGCCAUCCCAUGUGCUAAUCACAAGAUGCACCUGUACCUUGGAGCAGCCAAGGUGGAAGUGGGCACAGAAGUGACAGACUACAGGUUCUUUGUCCGUGCAAUCAUCAGACAUUCUGAUCUGGUCACCAAGGAAGCUUCCUUUGAAUAUCUACAAAAUGAAGGGGAGCGGCUGCUCUUAGAAGCCAUGGAUGAGUUGGAGGUCGCUUUUAAUAAUACAAAUGUCCGGACUGACUGCAACCACAUCUUCCUCAACUUUGUGCCCACAGUCAUCAUGGACCCUUCAAAGAUUGAGGAGUCUGUGCGGAGCAUGGUAAUGCGCUAUGGAAGUCGGCUGUGGAAGUUACGCGUCCUCCAGGCAGAACUGAAAAUCAACAUUCGCCUGACACCAACUGGAAAAGCAAUUCCCAUCCGCCUCUUCCUGACAAACGAGUCUGGCUAUUACUUGGACAUCAGCCUGUACAAGGAAGUGACUGACUCCAGGACAGCACAGAUCAUGUUUCAGGCAUACGGAGACAAACAGGGACCAUUACAUGGAAUGUUAAUCAACACUCCAUAUGUGACCAAAGACCUGCUUCAAUCAAAGAGGUUCCAGGCACAGUCCUUAGGGACAACAUACAUAUAUGAUAUCCCAGAGAUGUUUCGGCAGUCCCUGAUCAAACUCUGGGAGUCUAUGUCCACUCAAGCAUUCCUUCCAUCACCCCCUCUGCCUUCAGACAUGCUGACGUACACUGAGCUUGUGUUGGAUGAUCAAGGUCAACUGGUCCACAUGAACAGGCUUCCAGGAGGAAAUGAGAUUGGCAUGGUAGCUUGGAAAAUGACCCUUAAAAGUCCAGAAUAUCCAGAAGGCCGAGAUAUCAUUGUUAUUGGCAAUGAUAUCACAUACCGAAUUGGGUCCUUUGGACCCCAGGAGGAUUUGCUGUUUCUCAGAGCUUCUGAGCUUGCCAGGGCAGAGGGCAUCCCACGCAUCUAUGUAGCAGCCAACAGUGGAGCAAGAAUUGGACUGGCAGAGGAAAUUCGUCAUAUGUUUCACGUAGCCUGGGUAGAUCCUGAGGAUCCUUACAAGGGAUACAAAUAUUUAUAUCUGACCCCUCAAGAUUAUAAGAGAGUCAGUGCUCUCAACUCUGUCCAUUGUGAACACGUGGAGGAUGAAGGAGAAUCCAGGUACAAGAUAACCGAUAUUAUUGGGAAGGAAGAGGGACUUGGAGCAGAGAACCUUCGCGGUUCUGGAAUGAUUGCUGGAGAAUCCUCGUUGGCCUAUGAUGAGAUCAUCACCAUUAGCCUGGUUACAUGCCGGGCCAUUGGGAUUGGGGCUUACCUUGUCCGACUGGGACAGAGAACCAUCCAGGUUGAAAAUUCUCACUUAAUUCUGACAGGAGCUGGGGCCCUCAACAAAGUCCUUGGAAGGGAAGUAUACACCUCCAAUAACCAGCUCGGGGGCAUCCAGAUCAUGCACAACAAUGGGGUGACCCACAGCACUGUCUGUGAUGACUUUGAAGGGGUGUUCACUGUCCUGCACUGGCUGUCCUACAUGCCGAAGAGUGUACACAGUUCAGUUCCUCUCCUGAAUUCCAAGGAUCCUAUAGAUAGAGUCAUCGAGUUUAUUCCCACAAAGGCUCCAUAUGAUCCUCGAUGGAUGUUGGCAGGCCGUCCCCACCCAACCCAGAAAGGUCAGUGGUUGAGUGGAUUUUUUGACUAUGGCUCUUUCUCAGAGAUCAUGCAGCCCUGGGCACAGACUGUGGCAGUUGGCAGAGCCAGGCUAGGAGGAAUACCCGUGGGAGUAGUUGCCGUGGAAACCCGAACCGUGGAACUAAGUAUCCCAGCUGAUCCUGCAAACCUGGAUUCUGAAGCCAAGAUAAUCCAGCAGGCUGGCCAGGUUUGGUUCCCAGAUUCUGCGUUUAAGACCUAUCAGGCUAUCAAGGACUUCAACCGUGAAGGGCUGCCUCUGAUGGUCUUUGCCAACUGGAGAGGCUUCUCUGGUGGGAUGAAAGAUAUGUACGACCAAGUGCUGAAGUUUGGCGCCUACAUCGUGGAUGGCUUACGGGAGUGCUCGCAGCCUGUGAUGGUUUACAUUCCUCCACAGGCGGAGCUCCGGGGUGGCUCCUGGGUCGUGAUUGACCCCACCAUCAACCCGCGGCACAUGGAGAUGUAUGCUGACCGAGAAAGCAGGGGAUCAGUUCUGGAGCCAGAAGGGACAGUAGAAAUCAAAUUCCGCAGAAAGGAUCUGGUGAAAACCAUGCGUCGGGUGGACCCCGUCUACAUCCACUUGGCUGAGCGAUUGGGACAUCCUGGAUUGGAAGACAUCCCGUACCUUCUUCUACUGGAGGCUGAGGCGUCUCUUGCUGGAGGACCUGGUCAAGAAGAAAAUCCACAACGCCAACCCCGAGCUGACCGACGGCCAGAUCCAGGCCAUGUUAAGGCGCUGGUUUGUGGAAGUGGAAGGGACAGUGAAGGCCUAUGUUUGGGACAACAACAAGGAUCUGGUGGAAUGGCUGGAGAAACAGCUGGCAGAGGAAGAUGGCGCUCGCUCGGUAAUAGAGGAGAACAUCAAGUAUAUCAGCAGAGACUACGUCCUCAAGCAGAUCCGCAGCUUGGUACAGGCCAAUCCAGAGGUUGCCAUGGAUUCCAUCGUCCACAUGACCCAGCACAUCUCGCCCACUCAGCGAGCAGAAGUCGUUCGGAUCCUCUCCACGAUGGACUCCCCGUCAACGUAGGAAGAGCUUCCUGCCCACCCCUGCCCUGCCUCCGGAGCAAAGGGCUAGAGCUGCCUUUCACACCUGAAGCCACUGUAAUUAGAAGGCACACGAGACCAGCACUGGAAUCAAAGUGGCAUUUUGCUUCCCCUCGAUGUUUUCAGGUUACGCAUGACAUACUGGGACAUAGGGUCACAAGCCCCCACUCCGGCCCACCGGUCACACCUACCCCGUUCAGUAUUUAUUAUUACCCUGGCUGUGACGGCAGUCCUCUCUCCCUGCCCAGGACCUAAGAAGGCAAUGACAGGUACAAGCACCUACCAAGAAGUCUUACUACACGCCAGCAGGGCCAUCCUCCUGUCCUGACCGCCCCUCGGUCCGGCCCCGGGAAGUGGGAGCUGUUGCCAGGCAGUCAGCGGCCCGCGCCCGCCCCUGGCCCCGUGAGCCUGCAGCCACCGGCAGCAGAGGAGGGCCGGGGCUGAGGCCACAGGCCCAGCACCAGGCGUGGGGAGAGGAGGAAGCCUCGGGUCUGUUGUUUCUUACCCCACACUCAGCCCGAUCCACACCAGGCACCCAGUUUCAUCACACCAAGGUACUGCUUAUGAAGAAAAAUUAGAGCAUGAAAUCUGCAAGCUCCAUGGAACUCAAAGAUGAGGGCAAAACCACGAUCCAAGAAGCAGAGAAAGCAAAGAGACCAAGUCACUGUUGUCGAUUUAGGGGCCUCACCCGGGGGCUCCCUUCUCAGAACAAGCGCAGAGACAGUUGACCUGCCACUGCCCCGUGUGCCGCUGCUCGGCUAGCUGAGAUGCCCGGGGGUCCCACUGGCCGUGCCGUAGCCCGAGUGGGCAGAGGAGGAGCCAGGGGAGCUGCCCUUCCCGUCACUGAUGGAAAGUAGUCACCACGCGACAGCGAGAGCGGGCCAGCCAGUCUCUCUUUUUAGGAUGUGGAAGGUUGUUACUGUUAAGCCUGGAGCUUUGAUCGUUACAGGAGGUUAACGGUGCCUACAGGGCCAUCGUCUCUGUUUCUGGGGCCACUCUUCUAGCAGCUGACACUCUUACUCUCUUUGGGUCUCGUCUCUUCCUUGAAUGUACACAGGCACAGCCGGCCUCCCCAGAGCCACAGAAAGGAGCCCUGGUGACAUCAGUGCUCUCGGCGCUGGGAACUGGCCUUCCCCGCUUUGGGGAGGCUUCCAGGGAACACAGAAUCCAUGUGACCUUAAGAUUACCCACAACCCCAUCAUGGUGCUGCUGUCUUCCAGGCCCACGGGUCCCUCCCUGGCCUCCUCAUGGGUGAUGGAGAGUUUAUUUUCAACAACCAGUUUAUUCAAGGAGAGAGCUUACUGAUCCCCCGUUGGUGUUCCUAAAGCAGGAGUGGCAGGUGAUCAGGGCUGGGGUAGCAUCCGGUUCCUACGGUGCAGCUAAUUGCCUCUGUCACUGAUGACCAAGGGGGAAAUCACUAAGACGUCUGAGAAGCAGCAGUAUGAAUACGUCCGUACGAGCUACGGUUUUGAGCCUUAACCCUACAGUUCACGCACAAGAAAGAGCUCCACUCCUCUCCUCGGGAACUGUUUGUGCAGAUGGGCACCGUGCGGCUGGAUGGGUUGCCACCUGCCCCCAGGAGCCUGGAGCCUCGGCCCGGCUGCCCUGCUGCGGGGGUUCGGUGCCAUCCAAGCCAAGGAGGGCAGGGGAAGGUGGGGAACAAUUUUCAGUCCAGGAAGCACGUCCACUGUUGCUGGUGUUCGCUUACCCAGCAGGCGUGGAUUCGCCUUUGACCAGAUAAUUCCUCUACAUUUUUCUACAAUAAAUAAAAUUCCACACGCCUACAGGUGGUGUGGAGUCCUGUGCUUGCCCUGGCGUUUCUUCGGGGCAGAGGGCGGGUGACACUUGUUUACCUCCCCCCAGCCCCCAACAAAAUUAUGACACAUGAAAUGAAUACAUUUCGUCUCUAGAACUCUGCGAUGCUCACCGCGCCCCCAUCCGCAGGGCGCCUCACUUUAGGUCUUACCUGGACAGGGCUCUUUCCUAUGGAGAAGUCAGGAAGAGACACAGCCCAUUACACACACGAGGUCACCGAGGCAGGAGGAGGGUGAGCGAUGUAUCAGCUGAGACUCGCCUGAGCUAGGAUCACCAUGUUGUCCGCUCACUUCGGUCACAAAGCAGCCUUCGCUUGUCUUACUGAGCAUUCGAUGGACGCACAGC